AUGCCUGAGCUAGCCGAAGUUGCCCGGAUUGUUCAUUUCAUCCGGAAAGAACUUGUGGGAAAGACGGUCUCCAGUGCCGUGGCAAACCACGACGAUCUCAUAUUCGGCAAAGUAGGCACGUCUGCCCAGGAAUUCCAAAAGACUAUGCAAGGGAACAAGAUUAUUGGAGCUGGGCAACAAGGCAAAUACUUCUGGAUGAUCAUGUCUAAACCCCCGCAUCCGGUCAUGCAUUUUGGUAUGACCGGUUGGCUCAAUAUCAAAGGCGUAAACGGCUGCCAUUAUCGCGCCAAGGAGGAAGAGGGUGAUGGACCGUGGCCACCGAAGUUCUGGAAAUUCCGGCUGGUGAUGGACGAUGACAAGAAGACUGAAGCUGCCUUUGUAGAUGCUAGGAGGCUCGGCCGUGUUCGGUUGGUUGACUGCCCUGGAGAAGAAAUCAGGUCUCACACGCCACUCAAGGAGAACGGUCCCGAUCCUGUUACAGACAAGGGAAUUGUCACGGAAUCGUGGCUCAAGAGCAUAGUGUCUAAGAAGAAAGUUCCUAUCAAGGCCCUACUCCUGGAUCAGUCUAUAAUGAGUGGGCUGGGCAACUGGAUGGCUGACGAGGUCCUUUAUCACUCACAAAUUCAUCCCGAGCAAACGAGCAAUACCCUCGACGAUUCACAGAUUCGGGAGCUGAACUCUGCAAUUCAUUAUGUGUGCGCUACAUCGGUCGAUCUCCUUGGUGAUUCCGCUCGCUUUCCUGCAGAUUGGCUGAUGCAUCAUCGAUGGAACAAAGGCAAGAAAGAGCCGUCAAAGAUGCUAAACGGUGAUCCCGUAACUUUUAUCACGGUUGGAGGCAGGACUAGCGCCAUAGUGCCAGCAGUUCAGAAAAAGACGCAUCCUACCGCCACAAACGACAAAGGGGGAAACGCCAAAGAGGAUGUCGACGAUGAAUCUGCUACGAAGUCGCGAUCCAAGGGCCGUGGAAAAGCUACUGUUAAAGAAACAGAUGAGACCACAACCACUAAUGGAAACAAAAGGAGUACCCGAAUCUCAAAGGCUUCUUCGGUCAAGGCCGAGGAAGAGAAGAACACCGAAGGGAACGACUCGGCAGCGCAAACUCCAAGCCGAAAGCGCAAGGCUCCAGCCGUGAAAUCUGAAGCAGCUGAGAAUGCAGCGGGAAUAGCCAAAAAGACCAGAGGUAACGCCACGAAGGAAGCUCCGUCUACAACGGCACCCUUGAGAAGAGGGCGCUCAGCUGCCAAAAAAUAA